GGAGUACAUAUCUGGGAACCCUAUGCAGAUGCGGAUUGAUUUUCUCCAUUCGAUUCUGUGUUUACGGGUCACAGUAACCUGAAUGGGCCUACGUCCAGGUACUGUCCCUUGGGCUCCCGAAAAGCCACUGGCCGGCUGGGUCCCGUUUCCCAGUUUGUGGAAUCCCGGGACGCGGCAUGUGGAGCCCCGCCUCCUGGAGCUCGAGGGCAGAGCCGCCUCGGCUGGGCAGUCUGGCGGGAAAGGGAAUUCAACCCCUAAGGAGAACAGUCACCACACUCAUGGCAGGGAUUUUGCGCUCAAUAGUUCAGAGGCCCCCAGGCAGACUACAAAUGGUGACAAAAGGUGUGGAGCCCCUUGUUUGUACAGAUUGGAUUCGUCACAAAUUUACGAAGUCAAGAAUUCCAGAUAAAGUUUUUCAGCCUUCACCUGAAGAUCAUGAAAAAUAUGGUGGAGAUCCACAGCAGCCUCAUAAACUGCAUAUUGUUACCAGAAUAAAAAGUACAAAAAGACGUCCAUAUUGGGAGAAAGAUAUAAUAAAGAUGCUUGGGUUACAAAAAGCACAUACUCCUCAAGUUCACAAGAAUAUCCCUUCGGUGAAUGCAAAACUGAAAGUGGUUAAACAUUUGAUAAGAAUCAAGCCCCUGAAGCUGCCACAAGGUCUCCCAACAGAGGAAGACAUGUCCAGCACGUGCCUCAAGAGCACUGGAGAGCUGGUGGUGGGGUGGCUUCAGAACCCCAGGGACCAGGAAGUGAACAAGUCCUGAUGGCCUCAUGGCGUCAGAGUAUAAAGUGCAAGUCAUUUCUAUUUAAAGAUGCCAAAAUCCAACAGCCAACUGAACCAGCCUGCACGGCUUUGCUGUCCUACCUGCAUCAGCCUGAAUCCAAAUCCGUUUCCUGUAUCUCCCCAGGCAUCUCUGAGGACCCGCCCAGCAUGGCUCUCCCAGGAGAUGAUGGCCGCAAUGGUCAUUGAAUCCACACAAAACCAUUUCCCAGCUUCUUGGAUGCUGGCUUUUGUUGGCUAACAUCCUUCGAAGAUCCUUUGCUUCAGUCUUUUCGGAGGCAGUGACCCCUGAGGACAGAAGAGAGAGGGUGCUGUCUCCAAAAUGGAGAUUGCAUACUCAAGGGAGAGAGCGUGGUACACUGGGGUGAGGGAAAUAGAUCCGUGGACACAAAGCUCAAAGGACACCUGAGCAGGGGACUCUUUUCUUUAGAGAGAACUUCAAACAAUCCUCAAAGAUGAAGCUGCUGGAGGAUGUGCCCCAUAAAAACAAAGGAGUAAGCUAAAAAUGUGAAAAAUGGGGAGGUGCAACAUGGGAGAGCUGCAAAGGACUGACGGUGAAGCUGAAACUGCACAACUCAGACGGUACUCAAACCCACCAAAACUCAGAUUGGGACUUGAACCCACAGGCUGGGACUCGAAUCCACUGUUGUUUAAUUGAGACCACACACCUGGUCUCAGGAUUUAAUGAAGCUCAGGUUCUUUAUGUCUCAUCCCAGAAGGAAUUCAGCAAGAGGCAAAGUGAUAGUGAGGUUCCCUUCACUGGAUUCAGCCUUGAGAGUGGGUCUUGGAAGGCAGACGGUGGUGAGACAAGAAGGAAGCAGCCCAGGAGUUCAAGGACACUGAUGGUCAUGAGCAGGUUCCACAAGCCCCUGACACAGAAGGUUAAUAUUGUGGGUGGCUCCUUCCACACACCCAGGAAGAGAAUAUGUCAAGAUGAAGAAGAGGUAUUAAGAAAGUCAUUUGAAUUAACAAAAAGCCAUGCUUUUUGUUUUUCUUCCCUACAACAUUGAGAUGGUCUAUCUGCUUUCCCUUAGUUGAGUAGAAAAUGUUGUGCCCAGUCCAGAACACCAGAAAGAUACAGGAACUUUGAAUUUUAGCUGUGUUUCCAGGAACUCUCAGAUUCAAUCACCUAACAGGAAUCACCCACUGAGCCCUCGGCACUGAAUGAGAGAGGACACUCCGUCCCAGGAAAAAGAGCAGAGAAAGAGCCAUGUAGGUACAGGAAAAGCUCAUAGUUUCAUGAAAGUGUAUAUUUCCAGAGGCUUCUCACUGGCUUUAUGGAAAGGACCCAUCAGAAAAAAGGACUGCUUGCAUCCAGAUGCAAAACCCAGAGCAUUUUACCCUUUGUACUGCUUUUCCAGGGAACAAAAAUACUUCUUGGAAACACAAGUGGAAAAACUUAGCUUUUAUUGCAACAUGAAAGCUCGUUUCAUUCUCCAAGCAUGGAACUAAAUGUCUGUGUUGCGUAAGCACUUGAAUGAAAAGAGUCUGUAUAAAUACAUGUGCCAAUGACUUAGGAACAC